CAAAUGCUUUAUAACUGUUUUGUAGUCAUAUCUGUUUUUGUUUGUCAAAAAAAUGGGGGGAGGAGGAAAAGAAGGAAGCUUGCAAGGCUCUCUUCAGCUGAUGCUUUAAACUUGGCUUUUCAGGUGUGAUUUUUGAUACAGUACGUCAGAGAAAUAUGGAAUUUGGAAAAUGUUUUAGUGCCAUGAUGCUGGGAAAACAUGCAAGCGGUCACAAUAUGUGCUGGAGUGAUGCCCUGUGCCCGUGGGUGCAUUUACCAGGCAGCAUUUCCUGCUGUGGGAGGCUUUGCUUCCAGAUGGAUGGUGAUAGCUCCACGACGGAUGCUUCUCAGUUAGGAAUUGCUGGAGAUUACAUUGGUGGCAGUCACUACGUGAUACAGCCUCACGAUGACACAGAAGACAGCAUGAAUGAUCAUGAAGAUACAAAUGGUUCAAAAGAGAGCUUUAGAGAACAAGAUAUCUAUCUUCCAAUUGCAAAUGUGGCAAGGAUAAUGAAAAACGCCAUACCCCAAACAGGAAAGAUUGCUAAGGAUGCAAAAGAAUGUGUGCAAGAGUGUGUAAGUGAAUUCAUCAGCUUUAUAACGUCAGAAGCAAGUGAGAGGUGUCACCAAGAGAAAAGAAAGACCAUCAACGGGGAGGAUAUUCUCUUUGCCAUGUCUACCUUGGGAUUUGAUAGCUAUGUUGAGCCUCUGAAGUUAUACCUCCAAAAAUUUAGAGAGGCAAUGAAAGGAGAAAAGGGAAUUGGGGGAACAGUUACAACUGGAGAUGGUUUAAGUGAGGAGCUCACAGAAGAAGCAUUUACUAAUCAGUUGCCAGCGGGCUUAAUAACUACAGACGGCCAGCAGCAGAAUGUUAUGGUCUAUACAACAUCGUAUCAGCAGAUCUCUGGUGUUCAGCAAAUUCAGUUCUCAUGAUUUGAAGAAAACUUUGGAUCUGGGAACGCGAGAUGCAGAAGCUGUGCAACUCUAAUGAAAAGACAGUUUUAAUGACUGGUGAAGAGAUUUCUCUCUUUGUAUAUUAAAUAGCUGUAAUGUAGCUACCUGAAGCUUGACUAAUUGAGGUAUGAAUUCAGACUCAAAUCUUUUUCAUGAAUAAUUUUAAAGAAACAAAUUGGAUUUUAAAGGUAUUAAAGUAUUUUUGUUUUGUACAAGAGUUUGUUGCUCUGUAUAACUCCUGUAUGCAUUGUAUAUUGCAAUUUAUUACUGUCAGAGAUUUGUAGACAGUUUCUUAUUUUCAUAUUGAAUCAUGUUACUUUUGUAAUUCAGGUAAACAGCUGGGUUAAUUCAUGUUUACCCUUUGAAUAAAAUGGUAAGGGUAAAGUUCAUUUUUGAAUGCAAGUUGCCUUUAUUAUAAAGAUUGAGUUGGUCUUGGUUAUGUAACUUGUCUUGCAUGACAACCUCAGCUAACUUUAGAUGUCAUGAUAUUUAUUGAAAUUUUGAAAGGGACUUUUUCUCACAAAAGUGCAGCUCAGAGGCAUUGCUACAACUGUUUUUUAUGUAACUUGAAGCUUAGAAGUAAAUCAGAAACAAGCGACUCUCCUACGGUUAGAGACUUAGAGCUAGUCAACAGUGUUAAUGCAAACACUGAUGGUGUAUGAUGCAGGUCUUCAUUUCAUUCUUUUUCACUCGCUCCUUAGACUGGUUUCGGUAAGUUUAAGGUGGUCUUUGUGCUACUGAAAAUAGCUCUUCCUUUUUAUGUAUGGUUUUUAGUAUCCAAAACCUAGAAAUUCUACGGUAGUGGGGGGUGGGGGGGAUUUUAUAGUCCUUGUGGUAAGAGACCUCAUUUUAACUUUCUACUGAAAUGUUUUCAGGUUGCUUGUGAGACUGUGGGAACUGAAAUGUGUUAGCAGCUCUCUGUGUACAGCGUGUGUGUGAGCGCGUACGUGCGAGUGGCUGAAACUGGGACAAGCGGUACAAAUCUGCAACGAAUGGUAGACUUCAACUUUGCUGUCUCUUUUCUGGUUUUGCAAUAAACUCUAACUAGAGAAUGUA